AUUAAUAAAAUACUUUUUUUUUUAAAUUGUAUUUAAAUAAGGUUUAAAUUCUUGCGGAAUUGACUACUCUAAAAUGUAUGGCCAGGGUUACGAUGGGGCAAGUAACAUGGCAGGGAAAUUUAAAAGAGUACAGACUAUAAUACGAAAUAAGUAUCCUAUGGCAUUAUAUGUUCACUGUGCUGCUCAUACAUUGAAUUUGGCAGUGUCUUCAUCAUGUGAACAACAAGAUAUAAGGAACUGUUUAGGUGUGGUAGAAAAAAUGCAUUGUUUUUUUAACACACCUAAACGUCACAGUAUACUUUUGGAAGCUGUUGCUAAUAGCGAUUUCAACCCAUCAUCCAAAUCAUUAAAGCGUUUGUGUGUAACACGUUGGGUUGAAAGAUACACCGCUGUUAAUGAUUUCGUUGAAUUAUUUCCAUGUGUAGUCGAGGCAUUGGAAAAAAUAUCAACCACCUUUAAUGACAAAUCAUCAACUGAUGCCAGUAUGUUACUAAAAUCCAUGGAUUCUGAGUUCUUAACUUCUAUUCAAGUUGUUAAGGUGGUACUUUCUUAUGGUUUACCUUUGUGUAAAUGUUUUCAAAAAUAUGAUAUUGACUUGAAAGAAGCCGUACAGUUAGCGGAGUGCAAUGUAUCUAUGCUUGAGGACUUAAGACAAAAUAUCGAAAAAGAAUUUAAAUCAAUGUAUAAAGAGGCUGAGAAAAUGGCAGACUUUUUGGAUAUUAAUAUUUCUAUCAAACGCAUAAGCAAGAAACAGACAAAUCGGGCAAAUAUAUUUUCUGAGGAUAAGACGAUUCAACCUGAAACUUACAAUAGAAUUACCAUAGCGAUACCGUACAUUGAUUAUUUUAUAAAUAAUUUAAAAGAAAGGUUUCUUGUCCACGAAAAUAUUUUAAAAGGUUUUCAAUGUAUAUUUUCUGGCAACAUUGUUUUUCAAGAAUUUGAAGAACUUGUAAAUUUUUAUCUUGACACUGAUGUUCAGACAGUAAUUGCAGAGUUAAAAAUCUGGCAAUCAAAACUUAAUAUAACAAAUAAAUAUCCUACGAUAGCUAUAGAUGCCCUGAGAUUAUAUGAUUCCUCAGUAUUUCCAAAUGUGCACCAGCUACUUAAAAUACUAUGUACCUUACCGGUGUCCACAUCGACACCCGAAAGAACUUAAAAGGCCGAAAGUCUUAAAAAACUGAAAACAUAUUUAAGGAAUACGAUGGCUGAAACUAGACUAAAUGGAUUAACUUUGCUAUCAAUUCACCGAGAAGUUUCUAUUACGCCCGAAGAAAUUAUAGAUAUUAUGUCACAACAAUAAA